CUCUCUCUCUAUAUCUCUCUCUCUCUGUUUGGGUGGUUUUCUCUCUUGGAUCAUCUUACGAGAAAUACUAAAAAAGAAGAAAAAAAAGGAAAGAAAGAGAAAAGGCAAAGCACAAAGAAUCAUCAUAUUUACCUCUGUGAGAGUUUCUCUGCUUUUCUUCAGAGCUUUCCUCCUAUCCUUGGAGCUUUGUUAUUUCAUUCCUUCAUUUCUUCUUUUGUUUUUUUUUUUUCACUUUGAAUAUUCUGAUGUUCUUUGUUGUUUUCACCGAUUUGGUGGGAAUUUUUCGAGUUACGAUCUGGGGUUCUUAAAUUUGGCAACUGCUUCAAGUUAUUGUAAAAAUCCAGUAUUUAGAGGGUUUGCGGGAUUGCUUGAUCGAAGGUAAUUGAAGGCCUAGUCAUCAUAAAAAGUUUGGAUUUUUCUUUUUAGAUAAUUUCUGGGUAGGGGUAGUUUGAUCUGUGGAGUUGACUCCGGUUCCUUGCUGUUGGAUAUUUUAGAAUAAUUACAGCUUCCCGCAACGAAUUGAAUGUUACUUGGUUUUCCCAGAUUUUUGAAUUGUUGUCAAGGAACUUUGAUGCGCACAAUAUAAGAUUCCGUCAGUUUGGGGUUUCGUGAACCUAUUUGAUUGCUUGCUGAUUUUUAUUCGUUAUUAUUUAUAUCCGUGGGCCUUUGUUUUUGUCUGAAGAAAUUUAAUUUCGGCAGUUUCUUGAAUCAUCAAGCUUUAUUUGGAACAUUUCGCUUGACAAUUUCAGCUGAUUGCUUUAGAAUUUGGUUGUUUUGGACCUUCUUGAGAAGUUGCCCUAAGAAUUUUAGCGAAAGGGUUGUUCUUUUUAACUUCAAACUUGGAAGGGUACUUCAAGGUCUUUGAUUUAUGGUUGGGAAAGGAAUAUGGCUGCGGGUAUGGAUUUUUCCCCUCCAUUUACAAUCAUAGAAGGUGGUUACAGUAAGGACAAUGUAGCAGACAUGGAAAGGGAAAAUUUAGAUAAUGUAAAACAAGUCUCACUUGGGAAACCUCCACGCCACCUCUCAGUUAUGCGCCAUUGUGUGAGUUCAGCGAGGCUGAUUGCAGAGGCUAAUUUGGAAUUGGAUGUUGGUAUUGUAGUCCACAAGUCAUCUUCUGAUGACAAAACCGAGUUUUUGCCUGUGUUGCGAUCAGGAAGCUGUGCUGAAAUAGGACCCAAACAGUAUAUGGAAGAUGAACACAUUUGUAUAGAUGAUCUUAUUGGACAUCUGGGGGCAACUGCUGAGUUCCCUCCUCCAGGAGCUUUUUACGGGGUUUUUGAUGGUCAUGGAGGAACAGAUGCAGCCAUAUUUAUUAGGAAAAAUAUCCUUAAAUUCAUAGUUGAAGACUCUCAUUUUCCAAUUUGUGUUGAGAAGGCAAUCAAGUGUGCUUUUCUCAAAGCCGAUUAUGCAUUUGCAGAUGCUAGUUCUCUUGAUAUAUCAUCCGGCACCACUGCAUUAACUGCACUUAUUUUUGGAAGGACCUUGAUAAUCGCAAAUGCUGGGGAUUGCCGAGCUGUGCUGGGGAGGCGAGGUAGGGCAAUUGAAAUGUCCAAGGACCACAAACCUAAUUGCUCAUCUGAAAGACUAAGAAUUGAGAAACUUGGUGGCGUCAUUUAUGAUGGCUACCUCAAUGGCCAAUUAUCUGUGGCACGUGCUCUUGGAGACUGGCACAUGAAGGGCCCCAAAGGAUCUGCCUGUCCUUUAAGUGCAGAGCCGGAGCUGCAGGAGACAGACCUGACUGAGGAGGAUGAAUUUUUGAUAAUGGGCUGCGAUGGGCUGUGGGAUGUUAUGAGCAGCCAGUGUGCUGUGACUAUGGCAAGGAAAGAGCUGAUGCUUCAUAAUGAUCCUGAAAGAUGCUCAAGAGAGCUGGUCAGGGAGGCACUGAAGCGCAACACUUGUGAUAAUUUAACAGUGAUUGUGGUAUGUUUCUCUGCUGAUCCUCCCCCUCGAAUAGAGAUACCACAAUCCCGUGUUCGGAGGAGCAUAUCAGCAGAAGGGCUGAAUUUACUAAAAGGUGUGCUGGAUUCUAGCUGAUGGAAAAGGGGAUGGUUGAAAGAGGUUGUGCAUAAUCACAUUGGAGGAUGAAAUGGUCGUGGCAUUUUUCCCCCAAGUAGCUGCACCUUCACCGUGGCUGAUAUUCAUCCUCAGUCAGGGACGUCCUUGUCAUGUAGAAUAUGAUUCUUUUUGAGUUUCUAAAUCCUGUAUAUCUGAGAUAACUAAUGUUGUACCGAUUGGCAGGAUUCCUUGUUCAACCCUUCUUUCUUUCUUCUUCAUCUGCUCACUCCUGUGUAAAUAAACCGAAACUGAGUCUUGAGAGAUAUGUUCUAGCACUCUUCACUAAAUCAAAUAAUUGCUAUCAUUGACCAUUGUUUACAUUA